CACCUUAGACUUAUAUUACAUCUUGUAAAAAAACAUUCGAUGGCACCUUUAAAACUGGUUAAUGGUCCAAAAUUCAGUACUACAUAGUACACUUUUUGCUAGACAAAGAGCAGGAGAAAUACCAAGCGAGUGUUUCAGAGCCACCAAAAUAUAUGAAAAGAGUGAGUGCUGAUCUCACAGAGUAAGAUGCAGCCUGCAGAAAUGACAUGCAUGGUUGAUGUUCCCACUGGAUCUACCUACUGUAGCCAGAGCUCAAUAAAGUCACUUAGCCAUUUACAAAGCCCAUAUUUACAAAAUCUAGAUUCUGUACAGAGUACAGUGAGAAGUGUCUGGUUCCCACAGUAAAGUUCAGUCAUAGUAAAGCUCUUAUACAGGGAUGAAUGAGUGCUGAAGGUGUGAGGGAGUUGAGGGAGUUCAUUUUUACAAAAGAAAUCGCAGUUUUAUGAUUAAUUGUAUCAUUACCAUACUUGGAAGGCCUUUUUGUGAAAGUAUGAUUAUUUUCCAUGUAAUUGUGCAAUUAUUUAAAAACUAAUCAGUAUUAUUUGCAUGCUUUUUGUAAUGGUUAUUUUAGCUAUGUGUAAUUGAAAUGUAAACUAACCAUUCUCGUUGUUUAAGUUUGUCAGAUACACAUUGUGAUUGUUGAAAAUGAUCAACUAUUCUUUCCAAGAGGCACUUAUUUGUAACAAUCCUAUUGCGUCUGUUCCUUUUUUUAAUAAUUUAUAUUUUGCUGUUCUUAUUUUAGAUGGCAAAUAAUUGUCCAUGGUGGAAUUGAUGGCUACAGCAGGAAAGUUAUGUAUCUCCAAGCAAAUGGCAACAACAAGGCCUCAACAGUGCUUCGGUGUUUUUUGGAGGCUGUACAGACUCAUGGGCUGCCUGUUCGUGUCCAAAGUGACUAGAAAAAAGGAGCAUGAUCACGGGCAGAAGUGUACACAAUCAAAGAAUUGAGCGACUAUGGCAUGACAUCUGGUGCUCAGUUCUCAGCAACUAUUAUGCAGCUUUCCAUCAUCUUGAGGAUACCGGCUUUCUUGAUCCCAACGAUGACCUGCACAUUGCGUGUCCUCAAUUUGUCAUGAUUCCCAGAAUAAAUGCGCACCUUGAUAUUUUCAGGAGCACAUGGGACCGACACCGUCUUUCUUCACAAGGCCAGAAAUCUCCUCAGCAUCUCUGGAUUUCUGGACAAAUUUCAAGUGCAGACACAUUGUGUGAUCAGAGCAGAACUGGAGCGAUUACAAGUUCUGAAAUGGACAACAAAACAGAGCAUCGUCAUCAUACAUCCCGACUCAAUCUCAUUGCCAGAUUCCCCAUGCAAAUUUCCUUACCUUUAAUCACCUGCAAAACCAUCCAUCAACAGACAUUCUCACACAGACACCCUCACAAUCUAAUCCUUUAUCAUACAUCCCAACACUACUGCAGACUUCGAUUCCAACAGAACCACCUACACACACCCCCCACGUCACACAACAUUGCAGCACUAGCUACUGUAACACCUCUGUCUUCAGCAACAUUCAUGCCAUUAAUGCGCACCUCCAACCCAGCGAGAGAUUUUGGUUCCAUCUGGCCUUGGCUUAAAAAAGGUGGUUUUGGUGUGUGUAUGACAGGCACAUUUGAGGAAUUUAACAAUAACCAGAUAAUUAAUGCAUACCCUCUACUCAAAAGUGUCCAUGGCUUCAAAUUAUUGCAUUGCACUCGAAGCCAAAACUUGACCAACAAACCAAUUCCAAAUUCAGGGUCCUCUAUACCCUAUUUGAAAAGCCAGCGUGGCCUAAAUAAAGCCAUGACCUAUAUUGCACCACUGCAAGAGAAUCUUCCAUUGCAAUCUGUUAUUGCAUCAACAGAAGAUACAGAUGUUGUAAAGGAAGUCAGGAGUGCUCUGGAGUUGUUCCCCUUUUUGAACUGGAGAAACACAUUCAACAGUGCAAAUGGUCCAAAGGGCAAGAUCAGCAGACGGAAAUGCACCAGAGUACUUCGUAAGACUUGUUGCAAGAAAGCUGGAACAACGAAUGGUCAUUGCUGAAGUCCUGGCUUCAGACAGAAGCACCCGACACCUGGUUUCAACAUGGCAGGACGUUGACGUCUUAGAAUCUGUGCACGAAGCGUUGAGUCCCUUAUGGAGUUCACAGAUUCCCUUUCUGGGGAGUCAUAUGUGAAGCCUGUUCUCCAGCUGCUGAGAACAAAAUUACUGCCUGUAAAUGAACAGGACACACAGCUAACAAAAGAAUUUAAGGCCAAAAUCAUUGACGAGAAAUAUGCCAACCAGGCCACUGAUGACCUACUCGACGUGGCUACUUUAGCUGACCUGAGAUUCAAAGCUCAGUACAUCAAGCCAGACAAGGUAGAAGCCGUUAAAACACGGGCACUGGCUGAAAUGAUGGAUGAUGACCAAGGCCAACAACCCCAGGCAGAGACUCUGGUUGAAACAGAAGCAGCAGGUGCAGAAGGAGGAGGAGCUGCUGAACCACAACCACCUCCACCGCUGGCCAUGAAGAAGCAACGAAAGUCUUUGGGUAGUUUCUUCAAAAAGCAAAGCCCUAGUGCAGAUGCCUUAUCUCUCACUGAAAGACAAAAAGUACAAAGUGAGCUGGAAAGCUACCUGAUGUCUCCUGGUGUUUCUAUUAAAACCUGACAGAAUAAACCAACUUGUCUUCCUGGCUCACAAUUUAAAAUGAAGCUAUGUGAAUAUUGAUGUUUGGUUGCUGCACUUAAAAGCUGAGCUUUAAUUAUAUUUGAUCUUUUGUUUACAAUUUUAGAGGUUUGUAAUGUUAUUACUUGUUACAGAUGUUGAUCUACCUACCUCAAGUUUGCCUUGAUUGUUCUACGUUUACACUUUUAUAUCGCACACAUUUUAAGUUCAAGAGUUUCUUACUUUUAUAUCUCAAUAUAAGACAUAAAGAAAAUAUUUCUGUUUACAUUUUUUGUUAAAAGUAGUAUAAUUUGUUGUUUGCCUUAAUAAUGUGGAUAAAUAAAAAAGUGGUUGAAUUCAUACUUUUCUACUUGUCUUUAAAAAAAAAAAAAAGGUUAUAAAUAAUGUCAAU